GAUAGUUGCACCCCCUACCUCUACCCCUGACACCACCACAGUUCAUUUCUUUAAAUUCUUAUACCACUUCCAAUCCAAUUCUGCAAGAAGCCCUUUCUCUUUCUGAUUCCUUGCAAGAUUCUACAGAUUAUUGAUACAAAAUCUUUCUUUUUCAAACCAAAUUACUGAAUCUUCCUUAUAGUUUAAACUACAUUUAGUUUCACAUUUAGCUUUCUUUAGCCAGUUAAUGCCCAGUCGGAUUCAUUUUUCAUCAAAAAUUUUCGUUGUUUAGGCCGUAGAGAGUUUUUCUAGUGAUAAAGCAAUGGGGAAUGAGCAGAAGGCGAAUUCCGAAUCAGGAAAUAUAUCGAUCGAGGCUGAUCUUGAAAGGAAAGGGAAUACUCUCCCCAACUUUCUCCUUUCUAUUAAGCUCAAAUAUGUGAAACUUGGUUACCAUUACUUAAUUUCACAUGCUCUGUAUCUUUUGUUAGUCCCACUACUUGGGAUUGUUUCUGCACAUUUUUCGACUUUAUCUGUCGAAGAUUUAGUCCUUCUAUGGAGUCAGCUGAAAUUCAAUCUUGUCACGGUAGUUGUGUGUUCUGUUCUAAUGGUUUUCUUGGGAACUCUUUAUUUCAUGACGAGGCCGAGGAACGUCUACUUGGUCGAUUUCGCGUGUUACAAGCCUAACCCAGAGGUUAUGUGCAGUAAAGAAAUUUUCAUGGAAAGAUCGAGACAGGCCAGAAUAUUUACCGAAGAAAAUUUGGCUUUCCAGAAGAAAAUCUUGGAACGAUCGGGAAUAGGACAGAAGUCAUAUUUCCCAGAAGCCCUUUUACGUGUCCCUGCAAAUCCUUGUAUGGCUGAAGCCAGAAGGGAGGCUGAAAUGGUUAUGUUUGGUGCCAUUGAUGAUCUUUUGGCUAAGACAGGGGUAAAGGCUAGGGAUAUUGGGAUUCUUGUGGUGAACUGCAGUUUGUUUAAUCCAACACCAUCACUUUCUGCUAUGAUAGUGAAUCAUUACAAGCUUAGGGGUAAUAUUUUGAGCUAUAAUCUUGGUGGGAUGGGGUGCAGUGCUGGAUUGAUUUCUAUUGAUCUUGCCAAACAACUUCUACAGGUUUGACUUUUUACUUUACGAGGUGUUUUUUUACCAGUUAAUAUCUAUUGUCCAAAGCUGUCUUCCCUUGCAAAUGGACACAUCAUGAAAAAUUGUGUACAUUUGCAAUUGAGUGGACAGCAAAAAUGGACAGUAUAUCUCAACUCGUUUUUUAUAUGCAGUAUUCAAUGGUACUGAGUAGUACAAUAUA